AUUCUGGCUCUUAAAGGGGCCGAGCGGAGGCGCGGGGCCUGGGACGGGUUUCCGCUUAGGAAUUCCCGGGGACCAGCCACCUGCACCCGAGGGCGGAGGCGCGGCGCGGCGAUCAGCCUGCGCGGCGCUGGGCGCGACUCUGCUGUCUCCAGGUGGCGGCGAGGGGAAGCGCAUCCUGGGGGAACCCUGGGCGCUUUCUCCCUUAGACUCCUCCCUGUCGCCAACUGGCCACUGGCUGGUUUCCGUACCAAGGCAUGUUUUGUUCUAAUGGCCCCGUUAAAACUCCAGCCAGAUCACGUCCACCUGCUCCCAACCCUCCUGUGGCUCCUCCUUACUCUCAGCAGAAACUGACCUUUCCUCUCUUACCUCACCUCCUCCCACUCACUCUGGCUUACUCAGCGUCCGACACACUGAGCUCCUCGGUGUUCUCAAAUUUGCUUCUCACAGCCCUCAGAGCCAUCGCCCGUGCUUCCAAUGUUUCACCAUUGAGUAUGAUGUUAGCUGUGAGUUUUCCAUAAAUACUUUUUUUUUAAAUAUAAAGACGGUUUCACCAUGUUGGUCAGGCUGGUCUUGAACUCCCGACCUCAGGUGAUCCACCCGCCUUGGCCUCCAAAGUGCUUGGAUUACAGGCGUGAGCCACCAUGCCCGGCCUUUCAUAAAUACUCUUUAUCACAUUGAGGAAUUUUCCCUGUAUGAUUAAUUUUCUGGGUUUUUUUGUUUGUUUUUUGAGACGGAGUCUUGCUCUAUUGCUCAGGCUGGAGUGCAGUGGCACGAUCUCACCUCACUGCAACCUUGGUCUCCCAGAUUCAAGAGAUUCUCCUGCCUCAACCUCCUGAGUAGCUGGGACUACAGGCAUGCGCCACCAUGCCCAGCUAAUUUUUUUUUUUUUUUUUUUUUUUUUUUUUUGAGACGGAGUUUUGCUCUUGUUACCCAGGCUGGAGUGCAAUGGCGCUAUCUCGGCUCACCGCAGCCUCCGCCUCCUGGAUUCAGGCAAUUCUCCUGCCUCAGCCUCCCGAGUAGCUGGGAUUACAGGCACGCGCCACCAUGCCCAGCUAAUUUUUUGUAUUUUUAGUAGAGACAGGGUUUCACCAUGUUGACCAGGAUGGUCUCGAUCUCUUGACCUCGUGAUCUACCCACCUCGGCCUCCCAAAGUGCUGGGAUUACAGGCUUGAGCCACCACGCCCGGCCCUAAUUUUUGUAUUUUUAAUAGAGACAGGGUUUCACCAUAUUGGUCAGUCUGGUCUUGAACUCUUGGCCUCAUGAUCUGCCCCCCUUGGCCUCCCGACUUGCUGGGAUUACAGGUGUGAGCCACUGUGCCUGGCAGUUUUCUAUUUUUUUGUUUUGGUUUUUUUAAAAUCAUGAAGGUGUGUUGAAUUUUGUCAAAUGCCUUUUCUGUAUUAAUUGAGAUGAUCAUGUGUGUUUUUUUCCUUCAUUCUACUAAUGUGAUGUAUUACAUUGAUUUCUUAUGUUGAACCACCCUUGCAUUCCUUCAUAAAUCAUACUUGGACAUGGCAAGUAAUCCUUUUAAUAUGCUAAUGGAUUUGAUUUGCCAAUAUUUCGUUGAGGAUUUUUGCAUCCAUAUUCAUAAGAGAUAUUAGUCUGUAAUUUUCUUUUCUUAUGAUGUCUUUUUUUUUUUUCCUUGUGAUGUCUUUAUUUGGCUUUGGUAUUAUGGAUAUACCAGCUGCAUAGAGUGAGUUAGGAAGUGUUUCCUUCCCAUCAAUGUUUUAGAAGUUUGAAAAUGAUUCGUGUGAAUUCUUCUUUAAAUGUUUGGUUGAACUAACUCAUGAACCAUCUGGUCUAAGACGUUUCUUUCCUAGGUGGUUCUUUGCUAUGUAGAAGACAUGGCUGGUUACACCAAAUCAGCAUUCUUUUCUACAACUCUCCUGCAUUCAAAACCCUGAUUUCAUUUUGGUCUGCAAUGGCUUUUCUGGUAAGAAAAAGCUGACCUUACCCAAUCCUAGGAACAAGAGCUGGUCAUGGGCCCCAAUCCUGGCCAAUAGAACGUUAGGACAGAACUGAUGUGAGGAUUUUGGAAAUCGUUUUAGCUCUAUGAUACAAAGGAAAAUACCAGAGGAAAAACUCCUGUAAUAGACAUUAGCCAUAGAAAUCAUUACUGCCACUUGCCAAAAGUUUCCAUUUCUUUUGGUGGAUUGGUGGUGCCAUGUAGCCGUUUCUGUCCAAUGGUUUGUGAGCAAGUGACAUGGCAUAUGCCACUUAAGGGCAGAGCAUUUAAUGUAGACCUGAAAUCCUUCAGAGAUCUCUUUCUUUCUCCUUGGAAGAAACUGAAAAUGUUUGAGAUGGCAGUUGCUCCAUCACCCUGGAUCCCUGAGUGAUUCUGAUACCAGUGCACAAUGAAUAAGAAGCAUGACUCCUGUGGAUAUUUGACCUUCGACUCUACAACCUGUGACAAGCCACUUGAUGACAUGAACUGAAUUGCACUCCUGAAAGCACCGUGGAACAAGGUUCAUUCCAUUGGCUGGGCUGAUCCAAGUUCUGUGAGUGACUGCACAGUGCCCAGGGAGUUCCUAGCCUCCUUCCUCAGCCGUGGUCCGCCAUGCUGGACACCCUGUGUCUGCUUAGCCUUUCUUGCUCCACUCUGUGGGCCCAGAUGUUAAUCAGCUAUGCCUACGAGACCCUCUGCCAGCAAGCCCUCCUCUCGGGCAAUGACGUCCUGAAGUGUGACCAUCCCAUGGUACUCUGGUACUUCUCUUCCAUUCAGGGGGAAGAUCCUUCUCUGCUGAAUUCAGUGCCUUACAUAAGGCAAGUGCCUGGAGGCAGCCUCCAAUUGACCAAGCCUCAGCCCUCCCAGACGGGCCUCUGUCGCUGCCAGGGCAUUGAUGAUACCCUCGUGGUAGAAUACGAAAUCGACUUCCAGGACGUCACCACCGUUCAUGUUACGCACAAGAACCCGAACCAAAAACGCUUACAGAAUGAGACCCUGAGCCUGGGUGGUGAGGUACUUGUCUUUACCCACUGGGACCCCUGGCAGGACUGUAACCGCUGCAGGGAACCAGGUGAGCGCAAACGCCUGGGGUACUGCUACCUUCAAGAGCCCCUGGAAAAUCCCAUGCCCUGCCAGCUGUAUCUGAGAGACGAGAAGAUGCAAUUCAGCUGCAUGCGGCCAGAACUGCAGGUGGAAGCCUGCCACGUACCCUGCAACCCCGUCAAGGAAUUCACCAGCCAUACUUCAUCUAUGACAUUGCCCAGACCGGCAAGGGGACGAACAACAUGUGGCUCACCUUCCCCUCGGCCUCCAUCUACAGGUGACAGGACCAGGGCCAUAGCCCUGCCUUUGACCCUCACCCAGGCUUUCUUUUCCAUGCUCACCUGGGCUCCAGGGUUACCUUCCAACAGAAACCAGGCUCCUUCUCCCAGCCUCUAAGCCUUCAUGGUGGGUCUGUGCAGGAAAGGAUCUCUUCAUUGGCUUGCUGAAAUUUGCAUUCAGGAAGAAUUUCCCGGUGUUUCCUCUGAGUGUGCCCUGGGCAGGUGAUGUUAGGGAUACAGAAAUGACUAAGAAAGACCUACUUCUUGUAUGAACAGACUUCUGCUAUUCAGGGGGAGGCCAAAUGUAGAAUCUAGAGACCAACCUACUCAGGCCCAUGGGCUCACGCCAGUGCAGAUGUGAUUUCUGCCUCCUGAUCGGACCCUGGGGGAUACAAUUUAUCUAUCCAUCCUUGCCCCAGUGCUACAGUGUCUCUUUUGUUUGUUUUUUGUUUGUUUGUUUGUUUUGUUUUGUUUGAAAUGCAGUCUUGCUCUGUCACCCAGGCUGGAGUGCAGUGGCACAAUCUCAGCUCACUGCAACCUCCAUCUCCUGAGUUCAAGCGAUUCUCCUAUCUCAGCCUCCCAAGUAGCUGGGAUUACAGGCACCUGCCACCAGGCCUGGCUAAUUUUUGUAUUUUUAGUAGAGAUAGGGUCUCACUGUGUUGGCCAGUCUGGACUCAAACUCCUGACCUCAAGUGACCUGCCCUCCUCAGCCUCCUGAAGUGCUGAGAUUACAGACAUAAGCCACCAUACACGGCCCAUAGUGUCUUGUUAUACCUUUCAGUUAGUCAUGAUAUGUGGUAAUGUGUCCCAACUUUGUUCUUCACAAUUGUCUUGGUUAUUCUUGGCCCAUUGUAUACAAAAUUUUGGAAUCAGUUUGUUGUUUCCACCCAACUCUUUUUUUUAAAUAGGGACUUUAUUGAAUCUAAAUAUAAAUUUGGGGAUAAUCAAUAUAUAUUCAGUCUUUAGUCUUCCAGUCAAUGAAUGUGGCAAAGACUUCCAUUAGUUAGUCUUUUUUAUUUAUUUAUUUAUUUUUGAGACGGAGUUUCACUCUUGUUACCCAGGCUGGAGUGCAAUGGUGUGAUCUCGGCUCACCGCAACCUCCGCCUUCUAGGUUCAAGCAAUUCUCCUGCCUCAGCCUCCCGAGUAGCUGGGACUACAGGCGCGCACCACCACGCCCAGCUAAUUUUUGUAUUUUUAGUAGAGAUGGGGUUUCACCUCAUUGACCAGGAUGGUCUCGAUCUGUUGACCUCAUGAUCCACCCACCUCGGCCUCCCAAAGUGCUGGGACUACAGGUGUGAGCCACCACGCCCGGCCCCAUUAGUUAGUCUUUAAUUUCUCUCAAUAAUGUGAAGUUAUUAAUGUAGAGGACUCAUAUCUUUUAUUAUAUUUAUUCCUAGGUGUUUAUAUUUUUCAUACUAUCAAACACUGAUCCUUUUCAUUUCAUCUUUUAAUUCUUUGUUGCUUGUAUAUAAAUCAUAUUUAAUAUAUGACCAUGUAUCUAAUUUUUCACUUGUAUCUUACCUCCAGUAAAAUGCUGAGUGGAAAAGGUGAUGGCAGAAAUACUUGUGUUAUUCUCAGUGUUUUACUAUGAAGCAUAAUUUAGCCAUAGGUGGUUUUUUGUUUUGUUUUUGUUUUUUGUUUUUUGAGACAGGGUCUCACUCUGUCACCCAGGCUGGAGCGCAAUGGUACAAUCUCGGCUCACUGCAACCUUUGCCUCCCAUGUUCAAAUGAUUCUCCUGCCUCAGCCUCCCAAGUAGCUAAGACUGCAGGUGCCCGCCACCAGACCUGGCUAAUGUUUGUAUUUUUAGUAGAGACAGGGUUUCGCCAUUUUGGUUUCAAACUCCUGACCUCGGCGGAUCCACCCGCCUCAGCCUCCUGAAGUGCUGGGAUUACAUGUGUGAGCCACUGCACCUGCCCUGCCCUAGGUUUUUAAUAGAAACACUUUAUCUUCUUAGAAAAUUUCCUUUUGUUCCUAGUUUGCCAAAAGUUUUGAGCCAUAAAUGAAUGUCGAGUUUUAUCAGAUGCUUUUUCUGUAUCUACUGAGAUAAUAAUAUGGUUUUUCUCCCUGAUUCUGUUAAUGUGAAUUACAUUGAUUGAUGUUCAAAUAUAAACCCAAAUUUGCCUGCCUG